AUGCCGGGGAUUCUCACUAUUGUGUUGGCUGCAGUGAUAGGUUUGGUAUCUGUCUACUUUCUGCAGGGCCUCCUCAUUAGCAGCAAGAAGGAAGAAGAGGUCCAGCCGGAAAAUGACGAAGAUGAUUUUAUUCAACGUCUCGUCCAGCAGAAACGUCGGAUCGUUGUAUUUUACGGUUCGCAGACCGGUACGGCGGAAGGGUUUGCAAUCCAUAUCGCGCGCGAGGCCAAGGAACGCUACGGCGUCUCGUCGCUCGUGCUGGAUUUCGAGAAUGAAGAAAUGGAAAAGUUGGACCAGCUGCCGGACGACUGCGUCGCCGUGUUUGUCAUGGCGACGUACGGUGAAGGUGAGCCCACAGACAAUGCGGUGCAGUUUAUGGAUUUCCUCCAGUCUUCCGAUGUUGCGUUCUCCAACGGCGACAACCUAUCGAACGUGAACUAUGUCGCAUUAGGCCUGGGGAACAAGACCUACGAGCUUUACAACGAGACGAUCAAGCAGCUGGAUAGCCGCUUGCGGGAGCUCGGUGCUAACCGUGUUGGCGAAGUCGGCAUGGGCGACGAUGAUACAAACAUUGACGAGGACUACUUGGCCUGGAAAGACCCCAUGUUUGAGGCACUUGCCGCGCACAUGGGUCUCGAAGAAGGUGCCACUGGCGAAAUUUCCGACUAUGCCGUGACGGAACUGGAAGAAUACAACCCAAAGGCUGUGUUCGAAGGCGAGCACCACCCCCGCGCCCUUAACAGCGUCAAAGGCGGCCACGAUGCAAAGAAUCCGUUUGCUGCGCUGGUGACCGAGGCGCGCGAACUUUUUGUGGACGGCACUGCAGACCGCUCCUGUGUGCACAUGGAGUUUGAUAUCAGCGACUCUGGCGUCACGUACCAGCACGGCGACCAUGUUGCGGUGUGGCCGGUCAAUGCCGAGCCGCAGGUAGAGCGCAUCUUGGCCGUGCUUGGCCUCAGCAGCAAGCGCCACCAGCCCAUUUCCAUUAAAUCGCUCGACCCUGCGAUUGCCAAGGUGCCGUUCCCCCAACCGACCACCUACGAGGCCAUUUUCCGUUACUAUCUCGACGUGAGUGGCUUGGCAAGCCGCCAAUCGCUUGCCGCAUUUGUCCAUCACGCGCCGAAUGAGGCCGCUCAUGAAAAGCUGCAACAGCUCAGCAAAGACAAGGACCUCUUCAUGUCCACUGUUGCCGCCCAAGGUCUACGAAUUGGCGAGGUGUUGCAGAUGGUCGCUGGCGAUUCCAUGCUGAGCCAGGAUGUUGCCUCCUCGACUCCCUGGCAGGUUUCGUUUGACCGCGUGAUUUCCAGCUUGCCGCGCCUAGCGCCACGCUACUACUCGAUCUCUUCCAGCCCCAAGCUGUUUCCGAACAAGAUUGAUAUCACCACUGUUGCCCUCCGCUUCCAGAACGAGCAGGGCAGUGACCUGUACGGCCUUGCGUCCAACUUUGUUAGUGCGCUCAAGAUGAAGCAGAACAAUGAAGCACCACAGCUAGGCGACCCACGUUACGGCACGCCUAUAUACCAUCUGGACGGCCCGCGCCGCAAGUAUGUGGACCAGGAAAAGUACCGCGUGCCGAUCAGCGUGCGCCGCUCCACGUUCCGUCUCCCUACCAGCACCAAGGUGCCGAUCAUCAUGGUCGGCCCUGGCACAGGCGUCGCGCCUUUCCGCUCCUUUGUUCAGGACCGUGUCGGGACUGCGAUCAAAACCAAGGAGAAGCUUGGCCCCGAUGCGCUCCGCGACUGGGCAGACAUUACGCUCUACUAUGGCUGCCGGCGCAACAACGAAGACUUUUUGUACUCGGACGAGUGGCCCGAUUACCAAAAGCAGCUGGACGACAAGCUCAAGCUCCGUGUCUCCUUCUCGCGCGAAGUGUUUAAGGAGGACGGUUCGAAGAAGUACGUGCAGGACUUGAUUUGGGAGGACCGCGCUGGGAUCGCCGACGCCAUGCUCAACAAGAAUGGCUACUUUUACAUUUGUGGCGAAGGCAAGGGCAUGGCGCAAGACGUCGAGGCGGUGUUGGAGCGCAUCCUUGUUGAAUCCAAAGGCAUCGACGCGCAAGAUGGCCACGCCGAGCUGAAAAAACUCAAGGAACGCGGCCGCCUGUUGCUUGACGUUUGGUCAUAG